UCGGAGGUGGCAGGAUCCGGACUUGGGGAGAAACGAGGCUCUUGUGAGUGAGUGAGUGACUAUCAAUCGUGGACAGCCUUGGGACCAUCGUAUUGGAUCCGAAGAUUGAGAUCCAAGUCCCGAGACACAUACCUCCAAUAACAGAGCCACCAGCUUCUGCUGCUCCUGCUCCUCGUAAGCUGCAUUCUCGCGCACCUAUCGAGGUUACGCUGGCAGCGCCGGGGGACAGGAAGUCCGUCAGGAAUCCAACCUGGGAAAAUUGUGUGCUAUUUAGUUGUCUACACACUACAGGCCUGUCAAUUACUCAUUGUCAGUCUCACGACACUUCCGUCGACGCGCUGAUAUCUCUCGGCGCGCUGCUCGAGUUGCUCCAUCGAGCAGUUGACAAUCUGAGCGAUCUAGUAUUCAGAUUCUUGUGAUCGCCCACCACUCGAAUAUUAUCAUCGAAGAAGUUAUAAAAUAGUGGGGCUACCUCGAGUGAGCUCGUGCUUUCUGCAGAGGACGAAGUGAAACGGUACAAUUGAGAGCUUUAUUGGGCGUCCACCGCCAGCAGUCAGUGGGCCUGACAGAGGAGCUACGUGCUGGAUGAAUGAGUCUAUGGGAGAGGGCUAGUAUUCACGUGUGAGGACAAUUAAGCAUAAAGCCAACAACGGCGGCGGCGGCAUCAACGCUCAUCAUCUACUGAGAAGCUCGAGCAGUGCCGAUUUUACACAAUGGGUACUAAGUUGAACUUCAUGUGGAGCAGCCCCUGGCAGAUUCUCGGAGGAUACAAGUAUGUCAUAGGUAUACCUUUCCUGGUCAAAGCGAUUCAUGCAAAUUAUUACGGAGGAUACGAUGUCGAUAAUUGGUGCUUCCACAUGAUCUGGGUUACUAUCAUGCGCCUUACCCUCUCUCAAUUAUGGCAAAUAUACUCCCGCCUACACGGCAUCGUGAAGAAGCAUCAAAUCAGCACCGUCGGAUUUACAUUUGAGCAGAUUGAUCGCGAGUUCCACUCGGAUGAUUAUAUUAUUCUACAGGCGUUAGUGGCAACAGCUGCACACGUCUGGGUUCCAGGAUUUCGUCAGCUGCCUCUCUGGGACUCUCGGGGCCUCGUCACAAUCAUACUCCUUCAUGUGGGCCCAACGGAGUUCGUUUACUAUUGGCUUCACCGAGCUUUGCACACAAACUUUCUCUUUACAAAUUAUCACUCGUUUCACCACGCGUCGAUAAAUACAGAGCCUCCUACAAGUGGGGUUGGAACGUUUCUGGAGCAUGUGCUUUUUUCAGGUGUGAUGGGCAUAGCGUUGGCUGGUCCGGUGAUUUUCGGAGGUGCCAGCAUCAGCAUGAUAUACUUAUAUUGCCUCUUCUUCGACUUCAUGAAGCACAUGGCACACAGCAACACGGAAAUCAUCCCAAUUACUCUUUUCAAGGCGUUUCCCCUGCUCAAAUAUCUUCUGAUCACCCCAUCAUACCAUUCUCUGCACCACUCAGAAUUGCACUCCAACUACUGUCUGUUCAUGCCACUGUAUGAUCAUCUGGGCGGUACGGUGAACGUGAAGUCUGAAGCGCUGCAUGCUCGUCUGCGCGAAGGUCGAGCGGAAGAAGUUCCCGAGUUUGUGUUUCUCGCUCACUGUGUCGAUCUACUUUCAUCUAUGCACGUUUCGUUUGUUCUACGCCAGUUCGCCUCGCGACCCUAUUCCGCUAGAUGGUUCUUGUAUCCGUUCCUGGUUCUCAUCACACCCGUCAUGUUCAUGAUGUGGGCCUGGGGGAAAGUGUUCGUCGCUUACAAGUACACUCUAGACAAGUUCUCGUGCCAAACAUGGGUCGUACCCAGAUACGGUUUUCAGUACUUCAUUCCCGUUGGACUCAACAGCAUAAAUGGACUGAUUGAGAGCGCAAUCCUGGAGGCGGACAAAAAGGGCGUCAAGGUCAUCAGCUUAGCGGCAUUGAAUAAGAACGAGGCUUUGAACGGAGGCGGAGUUCUGUUCACGGACAAACAUACGAACUUGAGGGUGCGUGUCGUGCAUGGGAACACACUCACAGCCGCGUGUAUACUCAAAGGCAUUCCCGAGGACGUGACGGAGGUUUUCAUCACAGGAGCGACGUCCAAACUCGGCCGCGCCAUAGCUCUGCAUCUCUGUAGGCGUCGCGUGCGAGUCCUCAUGCUCACAAGCUCGCAAGAACGAUUUGAAGCCAUACUCAAGGAAGCUCCCAAGGAGCUAAAGCGCUAUUUGGUUCGUGUGACCAAAUACCAAGCGGGUAUCAACUGCAAGACGUGGAUAAUGGGCAAGUGGAUCUCUCACAAGGAUCAACAAAUGGCACCGAGGGGUACACAUUUCCAUCAGUUUGUGGUACCUGGAAUUCCUGAAAUAAGGAAAGAUUGCACUUACGGCAAGCUGGCAGCCAUGAGGCUUCCGACGCAGGUCAAAGGCAUUUCUACAUGCGAGUUCUCUUGCGAAAGGGGCGUAGUCCAUGCCUGCCAUGCUGGCGGGCUGAUUCACUGUCUUGAAGGAUGGACCCAUCAUGAAGUAGGAAGUAUCGAUGUCGAUCGAAUCGAUGAAGUCUGGGAAGCCGCCAUGAGACAUGGUUUUUCAGCUGUAUACUGAAUACACAACACAGCGGGAGAGGGCCAGAUGUAUUUACCUUCCAACGUUCAACUCUCCAAAAGCAAGAGCUGUACAUUUGGCUGGCUUGGCUCACAGACAUCAUUGGAUUAGCUAAAUUAUUCAAAGGACGUUGUGGUUCACAUGAGUAGUAAAACUACAGCACAGCAUAGCACCCUAUCCUCUCGCUCAAUUCAAUAGCUUAAGCUCUAGAUGUGGCUAAAACUGAGCGAGCUGCAGUCUGUUGUCUAAAACGUUAAGAACAAAAAUGUUCUGCGGGAAAGCUUUGAUCAAAAGCUCAGCAUGCUCCAGACGCUUGCCCAUUACCAACUCGGAUGUUUGAUGUGUGACCCCCAAACUCGUUUGAUGCUCUCAAUCGUUAAAUUCACUCCGUGGAUCUGGACUCGUUUGAUGCCUUAUUUGUUCAAGUUAAUUCCCUGUAUAAGCAAGGAAUUCUAUUGGGCG